UGGAAUAACGGAAGCUGCCUUUGUGUAAAGAACGCAACACUGUUGACCAUGAUCAACCCAGCCUGGAGCGUCUUCCUCAUGGGGACUAAAAUUGGGCUGUUUCUUCAGGUGGCACCUCUGACAGCCAUAGCUAACUCCUGUCCAUCUGUGUGUCGCUGUGAUGCAGGCUUCAUUUACUGCAAUGACCGCUUUUUGACAUCCAUCCCAACUGGGAUACCAGAGGAUGCUACAACUCUCUACCUUCAAAACAACCAAAUAAAUAAUGCUGGGAUUCCCUCUGAGUUGAAAAACUUGGAAAAAGUAGAAAGGAUAUACCUAUACCACAACAGCUUAGAUGAAUUUCCUACAAAUCUCCCAAGGUCUGUAAAAGAGUUACAUUUGCAAGAAAAUAACAUCAGGACUAUCACUUACGAUUCACUUUCCAAAAUUCCCUAUCUGGAAGAAUUACAUUUAGAUGACAAUUCUGUCUCCGCUGUCAGCAUCGAGGAGGGUGCCUUCAGAGACAGCAACCAUCUCCGGCUGCUUUUCUUGUCCAGAAACCACCUUAGCACAAUCCCUUGGGGUUUGCCCAGGACUAUAGAAGAGCUACGCCUGGAUGAUAACCGCAUUUCCACUAUUUUAUCACCAUCUCUUCAAGGUCUUACUAGCCUGAAACGCUUGGUUUUAGACGGAAACCUUUUGAACAACGAUGGUCUAGGCGACAAAGUGUUCUUCAACCUCGUCAAUCUAACAGAGUUGUCACUAGUGCGAAAUUCCCUCACUGCUGCACCAGUAAACCUUCCAGGCACAAACCUGAGAAGGCUUUACCUUCAAGAAAAUCAUAUCAAUCGAGUGCCCAUCAAGUCCUUUUCUUCUUUACGGCAGCUGUACCGACUUGAUAUGUCCAAUAAUAACCUAAGUACUUUACCUCAGGGUGUCUUUGAUGGUUUGGACAACAUAACUCAACUGAUUCUUCGCAACAAUCCCUGGUAUUGUGGCUGCAAGAUGAAAUGGGUACAUGACUGGUUACAGUCGCUACCUGGCAAGGUCAACGUGCGUGGACUCAUGUGCCAAGCCCCAGAAAAAGUCCGGGGGAUGGCCAUCAAGGACCUUAAUGUGGAGCUGUUUGAUUGUAAGGACAGUGAGGUUGGAAUGCCCAGUCAGGAGAACACAGUAAUACCCAACACAGGGUAUCCUGCACAAGGACAGCGGCCUACAACAGUGACCAAACAGCCAGACGUUAAGAACACCAAGCUUACAAGGGAUCAGCGAACUACAGGGAGUCCGACAAGGAAGACAAUUACAAUUACUGUGAAAUCUGUCACUUCUGACGUAAUUCAUAUCUCUUGGAAACUCGCCCUACCCAUGACUGCUUUAAGACUCAGCUGGCUCAAACUGGGCCACAGCCCAGCAUUUGGAUCUAUAACAGAAACAAUAGUAACUGGGGAUCGCAAUGAAUACUUGAUCACAUCCCUGGAGCCUGAUUCGCCCUAUCGCAUAUGCAUGGUUCCCAUGGAAACCAGUAACCUCUACCUAUUUGAUGAAACUCCUGUUUGUAUUGAGACCAAAACCAUACCACUUCGAAUAUACAACCCCACGACCACCCUCAAUCGAGAGCAAGAGAAAGAACCGUACAAAAACCCCAGUUUACCGUUGGCCGCUAUCAUUGGUGGGGCUGUGGCCCUGGUGACUAUUGCCUUUCUUGCUUUGGUGUGUUGGUAUGUUCACAGGAAUGGGUCACUUUUUUCAAGGAACUGUGCAUACAGCAAAGGGAGAAGGAGAAAGGAUGACUACGCAGAAGCUGGCACUAAAAAGGACAACUCUAUCCUGGAAAUCAGGGAGACGUCUUUUCAGAUGUUACCGAUCAGCAAUGAAUCAAUCACAAAGGAGGAGUUUGUGUUACACACAAUAUUUCCGUCUAAUGGGAUGAAUCUCUACAAAAACACGCACAGUGAAAGCAGUAGUAAUCGGAGCUACAGGGACAGUGGGAUCCCAGACUCGGAUCACUCACACUCGUGAUGCUGGAAGGACUGACAGCAGACUCUAUUUUUGUUUUUAUAAACUCGAGGGGGGUGAUGGUAGGAACCCUGUUCUACUGCAAAAACACUGGUAAUAGACUGGGAGGGUGGGAAAAGCAAUGUACUGUACAUUUGCCAUA